AUGCAUCACAAACUGGAACCGAUGGCGAGUCUCACGUUCGGACAGAUGCCCAUUAUGGGCCUAGCCGAUUCAAACAACAACAGUAGCAACAGUAGCAGCAGUAGCAGUAGAAGUAGCGUCGCCAGCAGCGGAAGUGAUGAGAUUGCGAAAAAGGACGAAAAAUACUCGCUUCGACAGCGGCAGUCUCGGCGUUCGGCCCCAGCAGCGGUGGCAGCCAAGCAGGAAAAGAAGUCAGCCCCCAAGGAAAAACCCAAACAGAAAGCGGCACCGCUGAGUAAGUACCGUCGAAAAACGGCCAACGCCAGGGAGCGCACCCGAAUGAGAGAGAUAAACAGUGCUUUCGAAAACUUGCGGAAGGCGGUUCCGAUCGUGGUUGCUGGACCCAGUGGAAAUAGUUCUCCGGUCAGUUCGCCCGGACAGACCGGUAGUACCCCAUGUGAGAAGCUAACCAAAAUAACUACUCUUCGAUUAGCGAUGAAGUACAUUCGGAUAUUGAAUGACAUACUGAAUAAUACUGACAGCAGUCUGCUGCUGGACAAUAACAAUGACAUGGAUAUGGUGAAUCACAACGAGAUCGAGCGAGAAGUUAUGUUGAAGGGAACGUUACUGAACGAAGCUAUUUUCAACCCGGUGAGUCCUCUAACUGUGAAAAGAUCACGAAAGAGUCCCUCCAGCAAAGCCAGUCCGGCUCCGGCGAACGCCAAACGGAAAGCGAAAAAAUCUGGCAAAUCAACUUCCUCCAACCGAAAGGGUUCCUCAGCUCGUUCCAAGCAAGCCAGCAGCAAAACGGAGGAUGUGGAACCUAACUUGGAAGCUCGCGAAGAGCUGAUCGAUCUGGGAAUGAUGCUAGAUUCGGAUAAUGAUUCGCUGAACCUGUCGGAGCCCUGUCUAAGUCCUUUGCAAUCCAACACCGGACUUCAGCAAACUUUCACCAGUUGCAACACAGCCCACACCACUCCGAACGACUUGGAGUUUGGAUUGUUCCUGGAAUCGGAUGCCGAUUCGUUGCAGCUGUCGGAACCUUGUCUGAGUCCGCUCAGCCAUCUGGACUCGCUGAAUCCGUUCAACGAUCUGCUGCAUACCGGAUUCAAUGAACAGGCCGCUCUAGAGCUGUACUUAUAA